CUGCUAUCGGCUCCUGGACACGUCCGCGCUGCAGCAUGGCGACUCUGCACUCGACUCGGUCAGUCUUGGCCGUACCAUCCGAAGUUACUGAGCAUACACUUGCCUUCUGCCAUCCGAGAGAUGUCGCUGUCUUCUCCAAGACCUGCCGAAGUGCCCGGGAUCUCAUCUACAGAUCCCCUGACCAAUAUCUUUGGAGGCAGCUCUUCCUCGCGCAGUUCGACGACCCGCGCAGAGUGCUGUCUCUGAAGCAGGGACAAGGCAAUAAUCGAUGUAGUAAGUACGACUGGAAGGACCAGCUCCAGAGACGCAUCGGAGCAGAAUCCGUGCACCUCGACGAAAGCGGUCCCGCGAAACCUGAGGCCCUCAGCCGAUCCAUCGCAACAUUUCUUACGGUCCUCGAGGAAGCGCUUCCUUAUGCCGAGGAUGAAGAAUCCCGUAACAUGAGGUGGCUAGCGCGGGUCCUGCGCAACGUCAGGUUCCCUAGUGACGCGCCUGACAUCACUGAAAUGCAUCGCCUUCUUGCGCUUUUAUCCCUAUCAAACCGGGAUUUCUUCCACUAUUGCACCGACUCGGCACGAUACGGUACGGACAAGCAGGUCUCGGACGACAGCACGGUGGCAAGUGAACUCGAACCCCUCCGGACUAUCAGUCGCUGCUUCGUCUACGACCUCCGGAAUUACACGGCGCGUACGAGAUACGGCCCAUUCGAAGAUGCUGACACGAUCAACUGGAAACACACUGAAUACAACAUCAACGUCGUUCUUAUGAAUCUACGGGAAUUUCAGCGUAUGUGGCCGGGCACGAGGCCUCCCGUCUGCACCCUGGGGCUGGAUGCAUUAAGAGCAUAUUCGGCCCCUGGGACGCAAGACAAGAGGGGCACAAGAGAUUGGGCAGGUGUUGCCGGCCACUGGAGGAGAUUCGUCUGCUUCAUGGAUUACAGGUUUGGAGGCAGGAGACGGAUGCUGGGGCAAACUGCUCGGGAUCCUGUAUUCUUCACGGAUCCCAAUUUCCAGGAAGCAACCCGUCUGGUCGAAACCGAGUUUGAUUUGAUUGAACCCAGUGACGACCCGGACCAUGAUGCGGACCUAGAGUUCAGCUUCGUUGGCCAUCCAAGAGGUUGUCGCGCCCUACGCCCUGAUGACCCGCCACCAAUCCAUUUUGUCGGUAUAUCCCGAGGGUCCAACGGCAACGAGUCCAACGUGAAAGGUUGCGUCCGAAUGGAAGCUGGGGGAAUUAGAUGGAGAUGGGUGUCUAUCUAUGAUUCCAACACACAGUGGAGCGCGGAAGGUGUGCAAAUUGGUCAAGUCUGUAGCGCCGCAGGCGUGGUAGGAAACUGGACUGGAGCGUAUCACGAGGAAGGCGAUCCAGCAGGACCUUAUUGGCUAUGGAAGGUUCCUGACGAUUAUCCAAGCCAGAUCAUGGACUUCGAUGAUGAAUGACUAUAUGAAAUCGAGGUCGAUGAAGACUGGAAUACGUGACAGUUCGGAAGACAGGUCUACGAACGAUGCUGUAUAUGGGGGAAUGAUGGCGUCUUUACGCUGGAUGUAUCACCAUUUGUUGUUUGCUUGUACAUGUAAACUUUCCGCCUGUGCUGCGCGUAUGUAUUAUCAUUUCUCUUUUGUAUCUUGAAGAGGGGGUGGGAGUUCUUGUGGAUUUUCGUGAUAGUCAUUUUCCCC